AUGUCACCGAAUUACUCUCUCAGUAGCUCAUCGGGCAGUGCUACGGGAAGCUCUUCUCCCGCGUCUUCACCAUCCACACAAGACACACAGGAACCGCAGACGACACAACUAGAAGCAACCAUGGGUCGAGACACUGCCAGAUAUACGGCUAUGGUCAAAUUCUUGUCUGGCAAGAUUACAGUACGGCAGUGGCUUCCCUUGGCAAAUGCAAAAGACUAUGAGACAUGCUUCGGCGUGUUGUUGCGCAAAUCUCGGGGAUGCUAUAUCUGCGAGCCUGAAAGGAUCAAUUCAAACCUUUUGGCUGCAGUGCGGAGCCUCAACGUGGAAGUCGCUUUUACCAUGUCAACAGAGACUACUCGGGUCAUUUUUUCGACCCUCCAAAACCGCCAAACAGAUAUACGUAUGCAAAACGGUUCACAACUGCAGAUUGUCGAGUCCCUGGCCGAAAUCGCUUCGACUUCGCGGAAAGUGAAGAAAUUUCAAUACGGCUGUCUCGUUCGGAAGGAAAUGAUUGCACUAGUCUGGUAUGACGAUUUGCAGCACAUCAUAUCUCAUGGUGGAGAUUUUGAGGAGAAAUUACUGGCAUUGGUCUGGGGCAGUGGAGGCUCUUCCUUCUCAAACUCGGACUGCCCAGUGGGGACUAUCGAGACAACAGCAAUUGCAAGCCCUCUCGCACCUACAUUUUCGCCUCCCUGUGAAUCGAAGAAGGGUCCCGACGGCAUAUCAGAGCAAGUUGUAGCAGAGAUGGAAGAAGAGCUGGCAUAUACCGACGGAGAAUCCCUCGGCAGACCGGUGGUCUUCACGAGUGCGGUUUUUGUUGGGUUGGCUCUUCUCAUUGGACUCUCCACCUCUCAACUAAUAUACCAGGCGAUGAUAGAUGGUUAUUGGAUUCGGCUAGCUCUUCUCGCAGUCGAGCCCGUACUAUUGCUCUUUGGCCUCUUCUUCGGCAUCAUCUUCGGGGAUAUCUGUCAAGCAGUCGGCCCAAUAUCCAGUGUCAAAAGAAAUUCAAGGUUUCACUCUGCUGUCAAGCCUAGUAUUUCCAGGGCGUAUACAGAGGGAUUCAUACCUCCGCCCAUCGUCAUCCAGCUACCAGUGUAUAAGGAAUCUCUAACUGGAGUCAUCAUAUCUACGGUUGAGUCUCUCAAAGCGGCCAUCUCCCACUAUGAGUCGCACGGAGUGCAACAUUCAGCCGGAGUCAUGAAAGUUCUCUAUGACUACUUUGAGAACGGUAUUGCUUUCUUCACGGACAUGAUAUACUCGUCAGUCAAGUUCUCUAUCGGAAGUGGAGAGGGUGUAUCCUUCGUAGGCCACAAUGCCUUUCUACGCUGGCAUGCUAUCCAAUCCGUCGGAAGGGUAGGCGAUGACGGCUUCGUCACAUAUUGGUCAGAGUCCCAUGUUUCCGAAGACUUUGAAAUCUCCCUUCAGCUUCAGAUUGCUGGAAAUCUAGUUCGUCUGGCAACCUAUCACGGUGACGAAUUCAAGGAAGAUUACGCCCUAGCUGCCGGGCUUCCUCUAACGCUGCUGAACUACAUCCUCAUUGGAUGGUUCAACGGCCGACUGGACAAAUUUUACGUGGAUUCUUGGAAAAUCUUUCUUGCCCUCAUCGUCGUCUUUACCUUCAUAAGCAAUAUCGCCCUCGCCAUCCUGCACUACCGCCUCGGCGACAAAGGCUUCGGGGCCGCCAUGCUCGAAAACUUCAAAUGGGCUCCUAUGUUCAUCCUCUUCUUUAGCGACAUCUCGUUCCAUCUCAGCCUCGCGCUCCUCGCCCACAUGUUCAGCAUCAACAUGCAAUGGGGCGCCACUGCCAAGGAGAAAGAGAACUCGAAUUUCUUCAAGGAGAUUCCCAAGAUCUUUAAGAGUUUCAAAUGGAUGUACAUCUGCUUGAUUCCAGUUGUAGGGGGUAUGAUAUAUCUGGGUAUCUGGGCGCCGAGGGGAUGGCAAAUCAACGGGGCCACUGCGGUCGUGCCCUUGGCGGUCAUGGUGGGGUGUCAUCUUCUCCUCCCGCUUUUGCUGAAUCCGUCGUUGAUGGUAUUCAAUUAUUGA